GCUCAAUAUGCUGCCCCUGCCGGCGCUCAGCACAGUCGCCUCCUGGAGCUUGGGCGGGACGCGUCUGUGCGCUCGGGGGCUGAGAGCCAUCGCCCGCAGCUACGGCGGAGGAGCCACCAUGCAGAAGGGCCUUGUUCUAGGGGUGUACGCAAAAGAAGAAAACGAAACUGAAGCCUUUCAGUUUACAAAUGCAGGAGACAGUUUCGAUAAACUGGUGUCUGGGAAGCUGAGAGACCUCUUAGCUAUCUCCGGGCCGCCUUUGAAAACGGGCAAAACUCGCACAUUUCAUGGCUUGCACCAGGACUUUCCCAGCGUUGUCGUAGUUGGCCUGGGUAAAAGGGCGGCUGGAAUAAAUGACCAAGAAAACUGGAAUGAAAGCAAAGAAAAUAUUCGAACAGCUGUUGCAGCCGGCUGCAGGCAAGUUCAGGACCUGGAAAUCCCUUCUGUGGAAGUGGAUCCUUGCGGAGACGCUCAGGCUGCUGCAGAGGGAGCCGUCCUUGGUCUCUACGAAUAUGAUGAGCUGAAGCAGAAAAAGAAAACCGUCGUUUCGGCUCAGCUCUACGGAAGUGAUGAAAGCCAAGCCUGGCAGAAAGGAGUUCUGUUUGCCAAUGGGCAAAACUUGGCUCGGCAUUUGAUGGAGGCCCCAGCUAAUGAAAUGACUCCAACCAAAUUCGCAGAAACCGUUGAGAAGAAGCUGAAGAGCGUCAGCAGUAACACAAAGGUCUACAUAAGACCCAAGUCAUGGAUCGAGGAGCAGGGGAUGGGAGCAUUCUUAAGUGUGGCUAAAGGCUCUGACGAGCCUCCGGUCUUCUUGGAAAUUCACUAUACAGGCAGUUCCGAUGCAAGUGAACCUCCUUUGGUGUUUGUCGGGAAAGGAAUUACUUUCGAUAGUGGCGGCAUCUCAAUCAAGGCUUCUGCGGGCAUGGAUGCCAUGAGAGCUGACAUGGGAGGGGCAGCGACGAUAUGCUCGGCCAUUGUGACAGCAGCAGCUCUGAAAUUGCCUCUCAAUCUUGUUGGCUUGGCAGCACUUUGUGAAAACAUGCCCAGUGGUAAGGCCAACAAACCGGGAGACGUCGUUAGAGCAAAGAAUGGAAAAACAAUUCAGGUUGAUAACACCGAUGCCGAGGGAAGAUUGGUAUUAGCUGAUGCACUCUGUUAUGCACACACCUUCAAUCCAAAGGCCAUUUUAGAUGCCGCAACACUAACAGGUGCCAUGGAUAUGGCCUUGGGAUCAAGUGCCACUGGAGUUUUCACCAAUUCUACCCAAUUAUGGAAUCAGCUAUUUGAGGCCAGCAUUGAUACUGGAGACCGUGUCUGGAGGAUGCCUCUCUACGAACAUUAUUCCAAACAGGUUGUCGAUUGUCAACUUGCAGAUGUUAAUAACCUUGGGAAGUAUAGGUCUGGAGGUGCUUGCACCGCAGCCGCCUUCCUGAAAGAAUUUGUGACCCACUCUGCCUGGGCUCAUUUAGAUAUAGCAGGUGUGAUGGCCAAUAAGGAUGAGGUGCCUUAUCUCCGGAAAGGAAUGGCGGGGAGACCUACAAGGACACUAGUCGAGUUCCUGAUUCGGUUGAGUCAAGAAAAGCAAGGUGUUUAAGUGCUAAUCCGGGCAUCUUGCAGCCUGCCUUAAAUUGGGCAGAGCGUGUUGUAGAGAAACUUAAUGAUGGCUGUGAUUGUAAUUGAGCAGAAUGAACAAGUCCUGAAGUAUUUUGUCUGAUUACACAGAUUUGGUGAUGAUGGGCAAAGCUGAUCUAUUGCUUGACCGCUGCUAUUUAAGUAUUUUUGUAAGUGAUUAUCGAUCAAGACUAGUUAACAUUCAAUCUCCGAUAGUUGCUGGGCUCGUGAACAAAUGGAAAUCUACACUUUUUAAAGUUGAGAUGAGCCAACUGGAUAUUACUAUGCAAUGGUCCUUUACAAUAAAUCAUCUUUUCUGCUACCUGGA